UUCAGUGAACCAGCAAGCUGCAAGCCAGACCCCAUAAAUUCUUAAAACUGGCCCCAAAUAGGAUUUAUCGUCAAUCGAGCUCGGAUUUUGUUAUUAUUUUGGCCAUCUGAAUCGUUUUUUUUUCUUUUUUUGUUUUCUGUUUCUGGGGUUUGAUUUGAUCGGGAAAGAUGUCAAGAGCGCCGGACCUGACUGAAACCGGGAGGUUCGCCGGGUGGAGGCCGGUGAGGGGGCUGACGGAGAAGUCGAAUUUCACGCAGACGUGUAGUCUGCUGAGCCAGUAUAUAAAGGAGAAGGGGAGUUUGGGAGAUCUCAGCCUCGGAAUCGGCUCCAGUCUUGACGGGAAAGGUUCAAUUUUAACUUCGAGUUCAAGCAAGCCGGAAACGAUGAAUUUGAAUCUGUUGCCGGUGUUGGAAACACAGUCUGAUUCAGACCGAAACGCCCCAUCUCGAGAGGUCAAAUCCAUGGAUUUGUUUCCUCAGCAAGCCAGUUUCCGAGUACCCAAUCCCCCCGAAGACACAACAAAGAAACCUGAUUUCAGACCGGCGACGAAGGAGCCUGAGAAGGCCCAGAUGACGAUAUUUUACGCUGGAAAAGUACAUGUAUACGACGAUUUUCCGGCGGACAAGGCGAAGGAGCUCAUGGUUUUAGCUAGCAAAGGAAGUGCCAUCCAGACCCCGGCUUCCGGCAGCAUCGAUACUGUUUCCGGCAAAGACCAACACAACUCCGUCGGCCUUGCUCCUUCCAAUUCUAGCUUGAUUCCUGCCUCCUCCACCAACAAUCCCAACCUAGGCAAAGACCAACACAACUCCGGCGGCCUUGCUCCUUCCAAUUCCAAUCUGGUUCCUCCCUCCGCCACCAACAAUCCUAGCCAAGGCAAAGACCAACACAACUCCGGCGGCCUUGCUCGUUCCAAUUCCAAUCUGGUUCCUCCCUCUGCCACCAACAAUCCUAACCAAGACCGAGCUCAGCCUCAGCGACCUCCUCAACCCAGUAGUUCAGAUCUGCCGAUUGCAAGGAGAGUUUCACUCCACAGGUUCUUGGAGAAGAGGAAAGACAGGAUUGGGGCAAAAGUACCCUACCAAGUGGGCAACCCGGGUGAGGGAGAAGCUCCUUCCAGUUCUAAACCGGGUUCUGAAGCGGGUAGCUCGGGUGAGAAAGAAGGUCCUUCUAGUUCAAAACCGGCUGAAGUGGGCAACUCGGGUGAGAAGGAAGGUCCAUCCGGUUCAAAUUCCAAACCGGAUGAAAGCAGGACAUGGCUGGGAUUAGGUUCACAAAGAGAAGCUCCUUCCGGUUCAUCCAGACCGGAAGAAGGUAGGACAUGGCUGGGAUUGGGUUCACAAGGAGAAGCAGCUCCGUCCAGUUCCAACUCCAAACCGCCUGAAGGCAGAAGCAAUGCGUGGCUCGGCUUGUCCUCACAAGCUCGAUCUCCACAGUAGUUCAGCUUCAGAGUUCAGAGUUUAGCCAUUUAUUUGCCCUAUGACUAGCUCAGUCCUUACUCUUUUACUUAUGGCUGAGGUCGAUUCGCUUUGGAUCUCUACCUGUGCUACGCCUCAAUCCCUGUAUGAGAAGAAUCAUUAAUUGCUAUUAAAUUUUUAUUAUAGUUUGAUUAGGGUGAGUUCCACUCUUUCACUCACUCAACAUUACAACUCUCUCUUGUGUGAAAUUGUUGAAGCAACAGUCAACAGAAAGCUUUGAAAUCCCUUAUCCAUUUGACAUGGGUCAAGUUGUGAAAUUGAAAUUGAGAGAUCUAUUUGUUUUCCUUUUGAAACAUUAGACUGCACUAUGUUGCAGUUACGACAGAAAAAUAUGAGGUUUUAGUUCAGAUUUGAGCUCGAUUCAAAAGAUUAGGGCCU